CCGGGCUAUCCCGGGCCUGCCAGGCGGAUCCAGAUCGGAUCGAGUCGUCGAUCGCAAGUCUUGCCACCGUCGAAACACGGAGCCACCCCUCUGUAAUGUCCGAUGCAAAAGAACAACCAUCUCAGCCUCCAGCUCUGAACGAACAGCCGUUGUUCAACACACUCCUCGCGCCAGGGUCGUCCCUACAUCCAACGUUGCUAUUGCUUCUAGAUGCAGCCUUCGUCGCUCUGUUCCUCGUUUUCCUCUCCCUGGCGAUUCUGACACGAGGGAAUGUACACCUUCUCGUGCUAAUGGUCAUAGAAGUCGCGCUGUGGGGCAGUGUCAAGUGGUUCGUGUACGAGCUGCAGAAGGCUCAACCAGUGGAAAAGGGGGACGCUGCGCCGUCUGUGGAAUUGAGCGAAACAGCUCCGAAACCCAAGCAAGAAUAAAAAUACUCCGUCUGCAGAUUUCGCCAAAGCCGCGUAGCAGUAACUAAUUUUACAAGUUUGGAACACUACCCAUAUACCCAGGAUACGUCCUACACAAGCGCUUUGUUCUUCGAGCGUUUUCCUGCGCGAGCAUGAACACUGCUCGAACAUCAGCGUCCGACGUAUUUUAUGCGAGCGAUGUGUCGUAACUCACGGUCUCGCUCUGUCCCAUCGAGGCCUUCUCGGAACGCCA